UAAUGUGUUUAUUAUUGUAUAUGUCCUUACGUUAUGCAGAACUAUGUAAUAAAUUCAAGAAGUGUUUGAAAUAUUCAGAUUAUACGUUUAUUUGUUUCAGAAUUUAACGGAGAGUUUAUAUCAUGUUUGGGUUAAUAACGUUUACCGCUCUGUAGCCAAAUUUUCGGCGUUAUCAUUUUCUACUGUAUAUUUGAACACGUGUUUGUUCCGCGUAGGUUAUAGUAGUAAUAUAAGAGGGUGUUCUGUGGUGUAAAGUAUGGAUGGUAUGUUGAGUUUGUUUGAAACAGUUGCUCACUCCAACUGUGAUGAGGUACUUAUGCAGACAUUUUUGAAAACAUGCACAGAACAUCAGGCAUUUGUAAAUAAGGCUCCUGUCAUCUUACAGUCAGUAGUUGCAAAUAUCAAUGGCAAAUUAAAUUCCACAGCUACCAGGUAUGAUGGCCUGCUUUUGCUAAAAACAUUCUUGCCACAAUGUCCAGUAGAAAUAUUUGGAAAGAAUGUGAUUUCCUGGAUGCAGCAAUGCAUAAAAAGUGUAGAUGGAAAACAAAAUAAACAUGCAUUGGCCAGUACUUCAUAUCAAGUUCUUAAAACUCUGUUGCAAAUGUCACAGCAAAUGCCAGAACUGAAGAGAACUGUGAGUGGAUUUGUGGUGCCAAAGAUAAUUGAUACUUUCCAACGGAUUGCUCCUGUAGAGGUGUCAUUGUCAAUGCUUGAAUGUUUAGGAGUGCUGAUGUAUAAUUAUGGUCCAUCAUGUGGACAGCAUAAGAAUAUGCUGGAGAAGUGUGUGCUGCAGUAUGUAGAUAGUAGUGAUGUUAAUGUAAUUAAGAGAGUUGCUCACUGUGUGGCAUUCCUUCCUCUCCUUGGUGGUGGUGGUUCGCUGGGAGCCAAUCAUGUGUCACAAUGGAAGGAAGAACAUCAGAAAGUGUGUGCAACACUUCAUUAUAUUCUGGAUGAGCUGUUUGAUGGUGUCAGAGAAAUACAGAACUCCCACAGCUCUGUGACAUCAGAUCGGAUGUUGUCUCUUCCACCCACCUCAGCGACUGUACCACUGCCAAGAGUUUAUCAGCUGAUGAAUAGAUUUAUGAAUGUUUCAAAAUUCCUGCAAGCAAUGCUUCUCUCAGAAUUUCCUGUGGAAAAGACAGUACUACCAGGUGAAAUAUUAGGGAUCGUUUGCCGUGGACUUGCAGUCACUAGCCAUACAAUGGGAAAGAAAGUGUCAGCUGAUCUGCUUAUGGUUGGUGCCAUGUUGCCACAGAUUCAUAUUGCACUGCUGAAGGUGCUGGAUUCAUUGACUACAUGCUGUGGAAACAACUUGCUGCCAUAUGCUCCCAUUAUCUGCAAGUUGGUGCUCCAGACUCUGAAGUGGACUUCUGCUGAGAAGUGGCCAUAUGGUAUUGAAAAGCCAUAUGGACAGUUACGUGUGGCAGCUUGCAACACAUUGAUGCUGUGGCUUCAAACUUCAAACUGUGGUAGUUGUGUGGAACUCAUAUCUGAACAGCUAGUCUCAGGCUUGCUGCAGGAUAUCUGGUUUGAAAAAGAAGCAGUGGCUCUUAGUGUUCAAUACAUCUCCAGUAAGAAAGAACAGAAACAUAAGAGGAAUACAUCAGAACAACAGCAAGGUGUAGAGACCUCCAGAAAGUACAUUCCAGAUCAAAAAUCUAAUAGCAGGACAUGUAGAGCGGCAUUGCAAGUUCUACAGUGGAUGCUUCAUUCUGCAGCUGUGUUCAUCAAACCCACUACCCACAGGCUUUUACAAGAAAAAACAGUAGGACUUUUAUUUGACAUCCAGAGAGCUAGUGGUGCCAGUGACCGUCCAUUCCCAUAUGCUGACACUGCAUGCCGCCUUGAACUCUAUCGUUUGUUGCACACACUUGUCUUAGAGCCACAUACAACUUGGCCACCUCCUACACAGUUUGCUUUACACAUGCUGUCUGCAGGACGCAGUGAUCCAAAUCUAGAAGUGUCCAGCUUUUGUACAUCUGCAUUGAUUGCAGCUGAGAAAUUAGUGCAUCCUGCAAGUGGUACAUUGCAUUUCCCUGUCUCUUUAGAGGAAAUGCUUGAAUCAACCAAAGGGUAUAAACGAGAAUACCUCACAAAAGCAAAGGAAUCGAGCAGCUUUUUGGAGGCUUCUGAAGAGGAAGAGGCAAAUAAAGGUGUUCAUAGCAGAGGAGGAUCAAAUGAGUCAGAACAAGGCACAAGUAAUAUUAAUAAUGCACCCAGUUCCUCUGAAGAAGUGGUUAUUGUAUAUGAGGACAGAAUGGAUGUAGAAGAUGAUGGUGGUGAAACAUCUGAAUCUGAAGACCAAGACAUUUCAGAAAAUGAUGUAUCACUAGACUCUGAAGAAUCGGACAGCAGUGUGAAAAAUAAUCAGUCAUAUGGGUUAUCAAAAAUAUUAAGUAAAACACAUGAUCAAGAGAUUACUUUGGUAAAUAUCAGUGAAUCUGAUGAGGAAUUUCAGCAUAAAGAAGAAAGGUCAGCCUCUUCCCUAGUCAUCAGAGAUAAAAGUUGUAGCUGUAGUAGUGUUGAGGUUUGUGAAAGGGAUGUGAGUGAAACUUACAAGAGCAACACAGACAGUAAAAUCCCUUGUACAUCACCUGUGUCUUGUAAUAGAGAGCAAUCAGUUAUAAGUUCUGCAGAUUCUAGAGAGAAAGUGGCUACUUCCAGAGAUGUAGGUAAUAAAAAUAAAUCAAUUUCUUAUCAGCAACAGAAAAAAAGUAACAUAAGCAGUGCAAGUGCAAAUAACAGAUAUGAGAAUAUCAUCCAAGCUUCUACGGGGAAAGGAAGCAAAGAUAUUGCUACAAACAUUAAAACUAGUGCUGUCAAUAAAACUCAUUCAGUAACAGAAAACAAAGAAGAGAGGCAAGGUGAUGGCCAAGUCCUACAUGUAUGCUGGAAAGAUGAUAAUGAACCAAGUCCAAAAAAGAUAAAGCUAGAUACACCAGAGUCAGUGAAAAAGUAUUACAAGUUGGAUACUGAAACUCUGGAGACAAGUUCACAAAGUGUAGUUAAGGACAGUACAGCAGUACCUAUAACAGGGAAUGGUAGGCAGGAGCAACCAGUAAAUGGAGUAUCCCAGGACCCAAAAGAUAUUACAGAAGAGGAAAUGCUUCAGGCAUUUGUUGAUGUGCUCUCUGAGUAACAAUAUUCAACAUGGCAUACAGUAGGAGUGGGCUUGUGAGAUCACCCUGCUGUUUGUGCUUGUCCUUUUGUUGUACUUUGGAACCAGCUGACUGCUCUGCAUGAAAUAUGAUAUGGUUAUGCCAUUGUAGAUUGCCCUAGGCUCUUACAUUUUAAUUUCAUCCACUCUGUUUUAACAGCAUGGUGGACACGUGAACUUGUGAGUUACAAGUGACUGCAGUACCACUUAAUCUAGAGCCUUGAAGUUAUGUACAGUAAGAAAGCUUUGGAAAAUAUCAAACUCUUAUUAGUAGGAUGUAAAACAACAGAAUGAUGUCUACAUGAACUAUAUGUUUACCUUUUUCUAGAUAAUGUGGGACCCUCAGCGUCUCACAACCCUAUGGGCCUUCAUGGCCCGUUACAGGGAUAACUUUACUUACUUACUUUUUUACAUUUUUGUUUGAUGGUAAUGGCUGAUGAACAUUGGAUCUGUAAUAUGAAAUUCGUUAUGGAGAUGGAUCAUAAACAAACAUGCCUAUGAAUUCUGUAUAAAAUAUUGUUUAUAAGUCAACAAUUGUAGAACAGACAUUCAAAGUCUGAUAUUUAUUUUGUAUAUUAAGAUACAAGGAAAUAAUUUGUCUUUUGAAAUGCUCAAGAUAUUAACUGAAAUAAAACAAUGAAAUGUACAACCUAUGGAGAUCUUACACAGGUAUAUAUUGCAGCUGCAUACGGCUUAAAUAAAAAGACUAUGACAACAA